UAAAAGGUUAAAUAUUAUUUAAUUUGAUAGCAAAUAUACUAAAAGCAACACAACAUUAUGAAGAUGCACUAAUGAGUUUAGAUGAUGCUAUUUAAAUAAAUCCUUCAUCAUCUGAUGCCUACCAUUAAAAAUGUAAAAUAUAAUAUUAGUUCAGGCUUGACAUUAGUUUUGAUGGGGCAGUUAGAAGGAGCACUUGAAAAUAUUGAAAUUGCUAUUUAAAACCAACCUGAAAACUCAUAGUUAUUUAAUAAUAGAGGUAUUCAAAUAAUUAUUUCAAUAGCAUUUAUUUUACACUGUUUGGGACAUUAUUCAGAAGCAAUUUUUAAUUUGGAACACGCCAUAAUAUUAAGUCCUGAAAUUUCUAUCCUUUAUGAAAAUAAAUGUAAAUAAAUUUAUGAUUUCAUAGAAUAUUUAGAAUCAUAAUAAUGCACACCUGAUGGCAAAUAGCAAGUUCUAGAAAAUUUAUAAUAGUUGAUUAAAAUAUCUGACUAACAAAUUUAAGAUCAAUUCCUUAUCUAAAAAUAAUUAUCGAUAGAGCUCUUUGAUCUAUCAUGCUUCUAGUUAGGCUUCAAAUCGUUUGGCUAUGAUUUUAUACAUGAAGGAAACAAAUGAUUUAAUAUAUAUACA